CUUUCAUGCCCUACCUGUAUUCAACUACAGGCAGGGCUUUUAUGUUUAUUUCUGGAAGCCCAUGCCAUCUGUCGCUGCUUUGUUAAUUUCAGACUGUCCUGGACAGCACUGGGAAGCUCGAUUUUGGCGAGUUUGAGCUGCAGCUCUUUGACAGCCGCUACAUGAACAAGCGGCCGCAGACGUCUGACUCGGUGAAGCUGGGCAGCUGGCUAAAGCCGUCAUGCAUCCCGAUCACUAUCAUCCUCCUGCUCAUUGUCCUGGUAGUGCUCUUCCCACUCCUGGGUCACUCUCGGGAUGGUGGCUUUACAGCUCAGAGCACCAGCAAAGAUGGCAAAGUCGUCAACUGCCUCGACACAUGCUCAUUCACCCUCUUGGAAAGCAUACCCGACAACUUGACAUUUCCUUCUGGAUCACCGUCGCAUGUGAGCACCUACGAAGGCUGGAAGACACUGUUACAGCUUGCCACAGCAGAGAUCAAGAUAGCCUCCUUUUACUGGACUCUUCGUGGCAGUGACAUAUACCAAGAUCCCUCCGCUUGGCAGGGGGAGGACAUAUUUAAGGAAAUUGUCACGGCCGGCAAGAACCGGUCCAUUGAUAUCAAGAUUGCUCAGAACUUGCCAACAGAAAGGCAGCCUAAUUUAGACACGCAAGACUUAAUUAAACAAGGUAUCGCAAGUGUGAGGAGUGUUGACUUCGACCAUCUCAUGGGCGCCGGUGUACUUCACACGAAAUUUUGGAUAGUGGACAGCAAACACAUCUACGUGGGCAGUGCCAACAUGGACUGGAGGGCCCUGACUCAGGUGAAGGAGCUUGGUGCGCUGAUCUUGAACUGCGGAUGCCUUGCCAAGGACUUGGACAAGGUCUUCCAAGUCUACUGGGACCUGGGCGUCCCAAACGCUACGGUCCCUGCCCAGUGGCCUGCGGAGCUUAGCACCAACAUCAACGCGGAGACGCCUGCUGAUGUGGAUUUCAAUGGCACAUCGACACUGACCUACUUUUCGAGUUCCCCGCCCGCCUUCUGUCCAGAUGGCCGUACCGUGGACAUCGACAGCAUCUUGGACGUGAUCGCGAGUGCUGAAAAGUUCAUUCACAUCGCAGUCAUGGAUUACAUACCCGUUACUCUUUACGUAAAGAAAACAAAGUUCUGGCCCCGUAUCGAUGAUGCAUUACGGGCGGCCGCCAUCGAGCGAGGCAUUGAGGUUCGCCUUCUUAUCAGCAAGUGGAACCAUACCCACCACGCCAUGUUCAACUACCUCCGCUCCCUGUCGGUACUGCGGUCACGUCAAGUGAACAUCAACGUCAAAUUGUUUGAAGUCCCCGCUUUCACGCCCGAGCAAGAGUUGAUACCGUUUGGGAGAGUGAACCACAACAAGUACAUGGUCACUGAUAACAAGGCAUACAUUGGAACAUCAAACUGGACCCCCGGCUAUUUCAUUAACACUGGUGGCGUCGGCCUUAUUAUGGACCAAUCGGGCAACAAUGAGACGUCCCAGCCAAUCACAGAGCAGCUGAACUCGGUAUUUGAGCGGGACUGGAACUCGCCGUACGCGCGAUGGCUGUGAUACCCAGUGGGGCCCUUCUCUUAGGUCGCACUCAGCUCACGAGAGUGCUCAGUCUUUGUUUGUGCAGUUGUCGGGCUGCAAAGACAGAUUGUUGAACGUGUUUGUGCCUCAAGAUACGAGUCGACGACGUGUGUGAUCAACCAGCUUUUUAUUGGUGGUGUGAAGAGAGAAGGUUGCCGACGUGUUUUUAACUUUCGACAAUGGAUUCAUUACAGACAAGCUUCUACAGCAGAGGAGAGUAGAGCGGACGAGCUGUAGUUGGCUGAUUGUUAGGUGACACCGUGUGUAUGUAUGCACCUACUAUUUGUCCAGCCUUGAGGCACUGUUUUUUAGUGACAUCUUUAGAGGAGGGCUGGAAGUGUAACUAUACAAGACACCUGAAGGUGUCGGCUAAUUGAUUGUCAUGUGUUACUAGCAUCGUUGCAGUUUUGGGUUCCUUCACUGAAAACCAGCAGAUGUUUUGACGUGUUUUACCCUAAUCUUUUUCUAACUUGCCCCAUGACACGUCUGCAGCAGGUGUACAAUGCCAGUUCAUCUGCAUUGGAUAUUUUAAUUGAGUGUCUGUGGUAAAGUUAGCACACAGGUUGCUUAGCAUUAUUGAGUUCAGCAAGCACAUCUUUCUGAGUUUCUUAUACAAACUCAUGCCUUGUAUGUUUACUGUAGCAUGCGCUAUUGCUGGAAAUGCUAUCCUGUUUUCCUAUUUUAUUAUGUUCUUAUACUUACUAGUGAUCUGUCGCGAAGGCGUUACAGCUGUGGGCAGGCACUGAAAAACACGAUGAACAAAUACCUGUGCUAGUUGGGAAUUACAGCCCUGUGUCAUGCGAAACCAGCACUAAAUAUGAGCAUGACAUCGCCAGAAGUCCAAAGGAUGAUUAGUGAACUAUAAAUGAAGUUCGUCUGGUAGUGUGUCUUGGCGCUAUGGUUUUCUGCUAAACAGGAGGUUACAAAUGUGAUUCCCAUGGCCACAGCUUACGCUGUUCUAGGAAUUGAGAUGCAAAAACAUUCGGUUUAUGUGUUUGUUAAUGAAGGCAAGGUGCACAUUGUAACACUGCUACUACAAUGCCUGUCAUAGCCCAGAUGUUACUUCGGGUCCUUAAACCUAAUCAAUUAAUGAACUGAUCUAUACUGAGUAUGGCUGUGCAUCGUAAUUAACACCUUAACUGCUAGCAUGCUGGUGGCAAUGUUCCGCAGUAAAGGUCAUUUAUAGUUCAGUGUUUCACCACUGCACUUAUGUCCAGUCUGCGUUUUGUACUGUUUAAUCAUGACAGAGAGCCGGAGUUCGCAGUUAAGUUUAAGAGUUGAAAGAUGUUAUUGUACGGAGAGAUCAUGUUUUAAACCACACGUCUCGGAUGUAUUAUGGACAAGUUGCGAAAUAUGUUGUCGCGAAUGUAUAUGCAAUGCUUUUAUCGGCAUGGUGCAAGUAAAGUGGUGAUCAUGUAUGCUGAGUGACAGGGGCACAUGCAGAUAUGAAUUUGUGGGCUGUGACUGGCGCAGUUGUAAACUUCACUAGUAUGAGCUUUGUUGGAAGGUGAAUGCAUUUGCGUGCAAGUGUCAGAUACGUUUUCUGCUGUACAUUGUCGCAACUUCUGUCAGGUUAUUCCCAUCUUGUUAACUGAUAUGCAGCUACUCAUUGAGUGCAAUUCAUUUUUUGCUUUGUGAUGCCAUCGUUGGGCACAGCAUGAAGGGACAGUUUCAUAUAUUGUAGUUUCGUGUGUUUAACCCGUACCAGAAAUUUCAGAAAUUUUGCUAACAGUGAAAGUGCAGGUUAAUAUGUAUUCUGCCUUCAGGUGUGACUUUGGGGCAACGCGUUGUGCAUUGCCGUGAAGCCACACUUGGAGGCAAAAUUCGCUUUAUCAAUUCUUAAAUAAGAGAGAAAUUGAGGAAGAUGGACGCUUGAAGUGAUCAACAGCUUUUGAACAAGGAAUGUCGCUGAAGCUAACAUUGUCCUUGUUGAGGAAGUCCUGCCCCGACAAAGGAACGAUCUUCAUUCUUUGUUCGACCACUGUUGAGCGUUGCCAAGAAGCUGUACUGCCCAUUUCGGCAUUUAAAGUGGCUGAAUGUAUGAAACAAAAUUGUUGCUUAGGAUUUGUUCUGCACUGACAACUGCGCUGACAUUUCUUUCGUAAAGGUUUCAACUCGUGUCAUACGCGAUUAUUUGUGUAGCCUAUCACCAUCAUCAGCCUGUAUCUUCAACCACACCUCUCCCUACUAUCUGUAUUUUACUGCAGUUCUGCAGUCAACCUUCCCCAUCAUAUACCUGCCAGUUUCCCUAUCUUGUCACACACUGCCAUCCUGGACUGCGUUUUCCCUUUCCUUGGCACCUGUUCUGUAAUUUAGUCUAAUCAGUAGCGGAAUGAUCGUUCUGUGCAUUACACAAGGUUUCCAACUUCACCUCUUCUUUUUAAUUUGAACCAUAAUAUCAGCUACUCUGUGUUAGGUCUUUAAUUCAUGCUGCCAUAUUACUGUGCCCAACAUGCGCAGGUCAUAUAUGAGGAUUUCUUUUUGUUUUGUUUUUUCAGUUGUAAUUUGGGGUUCAGGUUAUAUGUGGGAUCCUAGUAUAAGCACAAAAAUACAGAUGAACUAUCCAGUGAACUUCCUUGGCAUGUUCAACACAAUUAACUAAUUUUGGUCAAGUUCUGACCAACAUUUAAAGAUCAUGCAGGCUUUACAGGGUUGAAGAAUGCUUUCAUUGCAACAUUGAGACACUUUAAUGGCACCUGUACUAUACGCACUACAAGUGGUUUCUUGCUAGGCUUGUAUCAUGACAAAGAGCAGGCCUGAAGCACUUAGUGCUUUCUAACUGAGCUAUGAAACACUUCACAUAAAUCUCUGUGUUAACACUAUCAUUAACUAGUUGCUUCCUUUUCUUGUUUUUUUUUUGUAUCCUGUAUCAUCACUAUCGUCUGACUUAGCCGCCCUUUCCCCGCAUCAUCAUAUGUGACUCACUUCGCUUGCAUUGAUGAAUUCUCAAAGCACUUGCAUGCAAUGAUUCUCUCAGAUUUUCAUAAUGUGGUGAGCUCAUGGUAAUUCAAGCCAGGGUGAUUCGGACUUUCAAUGGAGUCAAACAAGUCCAAAAAUUUCCUCUAGCUGACAAUGUUUUGACCACAAUUUGAAGCCGUUUAAUAGCAAUAACUAGAACAAAGAUUUCGGUUAAUUCAAACUAUUUGGCCUCCCAGGGGCUGGUCAUCAUGGCAAAAAUGACUGAUCAUCAUCAGCCUAUUUUUAUGUCCACUGGAGGACAAAGGCCUCUCCUUAAGAUCUCCAAUAACCCCUGUCUUGCGCUAGCUGAUUCCAACUUGCGCCUGUAAAUUUCCCAACUUCAUCACCCCACCUAGUUUUCUGCCGUCCACGACUGCACCUCCCUUCUCUUGGUAUUCAUUCUGUAACCCUAAUGGUCCACCGGUUAUCCAUCCUAUGCAUUACAUGGCCUGCCCAGCUCGCAUUUUUUUCUCUUAAUGUGAAUUAGAAAAUCGGCUAUCCCCAUUGGCUCUUUGAUCCACACCACUCUAUUCCUGUUUCUUGCCAUUAGGCCUAACAUUUUUCUUUCCAUUGCUCUUUGUGCAGUCCUUAACUUGUUCUCGAGCUUCUUUGUUAACCUCCCAGUUUAUGCCCCAUGUGUUAGCACCGGUAGAAUGCAUUGAUUGUACACUUUUCAAUUCAACGACAGUGGUAAGCUCUCAGUCAGAAUUUGGCAAUGCCUGCCGUAUGCACUCCAGCCCAGUUUUAUUCUUCUGUAAAUUUUCUUUUCAUGAUCAGGGUACCCUGUGAGUAAUUGACUGCUCAGAGGACAUUUAUUAGGCAUGAUUUCUCACUACGAUUAUAGAGAACUUAGUACAGUAGAAGCUUGUUGAUACGAUCCCAUUUUGUACAAUUUCCAGGCACCAACCUUUGCGAUUGAGAACACAAAAAUGACCCCUUACAGUGAUGCUUAUUUUUUGCCGGUUAGUACAUUUAGUACAUCGCCAACUGUGGUCGUAUGAUACGUUUUCCGGCCGCUAGAUCCCAUGUAAACCAGAAAAGGCGCAAGGUGCAUCCGAUCGCGAAUGGUAGCCGCCCAUCGCAGCAGUUUCCCUGCGGUACUUGCCCACCCGUGUCACGUGAAAACGCUGGCAUACACUCAGUUUCCUAUUUUGGUACCACAAAUUUUGCCGGUCGUCACACGCCCCCAGUUCCGCAUUCACAGCUAUCGCCGCCAAUCCUAUUGCGAUACGCUCUUCACCUAUCUGUCACAGCGCACAUGGCAUGGUUUCAUUGAAAUCGUACCUCACGCUUUUAAAAGAUGAUUACCCAAACACGCUGCCACUCCCUGCUGCAGGUGUCACGAAAUGAGGAUCGUGUUUCACCAUGGUGGCAUCGUAAUCUGGUGAAGAUCACCAGCUCGAUUUGGUUUCGGAAACACUAUGCAAUAGAAAAACGACAACGCUCGUAACGGGCCGCUGGGGCCUCGUCAGCGUGACGCGCGUCGGUGUCCCUCUCCUGCCGUGCACUGAGUGAGCACAUCAAAACUUGCUUCCAAAAUGCCCCUCCCGAAGCAGCUGCUGACUCAGACUGAAUUCAAGGAGCGCAAAUGUAAGCUUGUUGAAGUCGUAAAAACACAAUGCGUGUCUCGAGCCCUACCAGCUUGGUACAGAUCGGCAUCUCGUGCUGCACUGAUUCAAAUAAUGAUUCGCAUUACGUAGAUGUCAACUAUAGUUGAGCCUGCCAUAUAUUUUAGUGACUUCGGACCAUACGUUUUUUAUCACACUUGUUUUUCUAAAACAUAUGAACGAGGUUCUACUGUAGAUGGAUAUUGAUGGUUUGAGGUGCAGGUUUCUAGUGCUAAUAUCUGGAGUUUUUGAUAAUGUCUGAAUUUGCACUUUUAUUUGGAAGUUCUGGCUACUAAAUUUCAAUUAUCUUGGCUCGGUGAUAUUUCCGUGAGAAAUGGCUGCACACCUUAAGCUAUGGCAUUGUAAAAUUUUUACCUCAUUCGAUGAGUGCUUCUGUUUUUGCAUAUCCAAGGUUCUGGGUCUCAUUCAGGGUAAUGAUAGGACAACCAUCGCAUGGAACCCAAAUGAAGUCAUUUAUCAGCAUUUUAAAUGACGUGGAGGCAAGCUUGUGAUUAACAUUUAUGUACAUAUCCUUUGCUGUGCACCCUUGCUUGAACACUGAACGCAAUUGCACAUGCUAGUAAACACACAAGUUAAAAAAACACCGCAUAUCCACGGGGUGAAUGAUGAUGAGUGGGCGAAGCUCCGGAGGGAAUCAUCGGUAAACCGUGAAUCUUCCGUGUAAUUCGCCCAGUCUCGCCGCACUAAAUCGAACGAUUGACUUCCAUCAAUGACACGCGCCAUAUGUGACGUCAUUCCUAUUUUAUAACAGUGCCCUUCAUUAUAAUUGCACCAUCUCCCGCUUAAGGGGGCGCUAGCACAAACGCGUUAGAAACAUGCAGUACUCUCUAGUAAGGGGGAGAGGCCACAGCGUCUUACGCAGCCGUUUACACAUGCCGGAACGUGCACCGUGUUUGCCGACGCCAUCACAUGACUGCUGAGAGAGUAUGACCCCCGUAUUCAUAAACACUUCUCGACUUGAACUUGACUUGCCACCGCCUUCAACGCGUUUCGAACGCGCUGCUCAAGGCGGUGGCAAGUCAAGUUCAAGUCGAGGAGCGUUUAUGAAUACGGGGGUAAGGCGGAGAGGCCACAGCGUCUUACACCAGCUUCUUACACGGGCCGUAAUGCGCUAGCACAAACGCGUUAGAAACGCGCAGUCUUUCGUUAAUGUUGAGUAUUUAUUGUCAUCGUGGUGUGUGUGUCCAUGUGCGCUUCGUGGCGUAGUGGUUAGCGCCGCGCGUUCGGAAGCGAGGGGUCCCUGGUUCGAUUCCGCGCUACGGACACAACUUUUCGGAAUUUUUUUUUUUUUCAUAAAAGUAGACGUGGCUACCUACUACUACUACAUACUACAGAGGAGGGACAGACCCACACCCUAAGGAGCUUCGCCCCUAAACAUGUUCUAGGACAAAGAGGGGAUGGGGUGGCCUGUUGAGCUGCCGAUAGUUGUACAUGUAUAUAGUACCAUCAAAAUAAAUUGGAACAUGAGAAGCAAAUAGCUGAUCAGAAUGCCUGUUACAGGUAAUUACAUAAAAGUGCAACAUGUAAUUGCAUUGUUGGAAAACAUCUGUGGGAAAGGAAAAAAUGUGCAACUACCUGACAGGAGUUGGUGAAACCAAGUGCAUUGUGGUGAAAUUUUUUUUCAUAAAGCUUCCUCCCCUUGCAGGUUUUUGCAGAACUGAUUUGCCAUAUGCAUUGUGAGAAUGUUUGAAAACUGCUGUUGCACAAGACUGCAUUUUCAUGUGCACAUUGUCAUGUUGAACGAAGAAAUUCAAGGUUUCAUGCGACUGGCAACAUUGCUUACAGAAACAUUAGCUGUAGUAUUUGUUUAAGGCACUUAGACGUGUGCAAGGCCAGUCUGACGUAUGCCCUAUACUUGGCCAACAUUUAUCAUGCACUGAAUGACCGUGUGUCACAUAUUUUCUUCUUAUGAAUUUAUUUUGCAUUGUUUUACUUAAAUUCACUCAGAACCUGUUGCAUAUUACCGAUUACCAUGCCACAGCUGGCAGAUUAGUGGGACAGAUUGCAGGUAUAUUGCCAAGCUGUUAGGGUAAGGAUGCUCGUUACGUUGACCGUCGACGUGUGGGUAUUGCCAUUUACGUUUCCACUACCUGCCAUUGUGUCAUUGCACUUUGGUUGAUCUCAUGCUCUCUCUUUCCAAACGUGGCAGCAUAUCUCAGGCCUGCUUGAGGGUGAUGAUGAUGAGUGUAGUAUUUCCCCUUUGAAAUGGGGCAGUUGUUGGUGCAACCACACUCCAGUGUACUGUUUGUAUGCAACUUUAAUGUCAUUAUGUUUUGAUGCCCGCUCCUCAUUGCCUAUAUAAUAAGUGCAUCAUUACGUUAUCCUGUGGCCAUGUACCAAAUUUUUAUUCGUUAUCACUUUGAUUCCUCACUCCUUAUACACCACCAAUACGCCUUAGACGUUCUAGAGCAUUGCUCUGUCACUUUAGCGUGACUUUUUAUUUGACUUUAGUGUCCCUUUAAGAUUGCUGCUGUUCGCUCAGCUGUCUGUUUAGCCAUCUACAACGGGUAUUGGCGCACAGCCUACGUUUAUACUUUGCAUUCAAAAUUCCUUCUCCACUUCAGAAGUCCUUUUGUGUCCUCCUUGGGGGGGGUCUAUGAAACUGAGAUCGUGAAUGCCUAAUGCACUACAUGACGAUGCACUUUGUAUAUAUGUACAAUGAACAUCUGAACAUCACAUAUGACAGUGCUGCCGAGUGCCAAUGUUUUAUCAUUGCUGUGACCAGACAUAGUGGUCCUUGGCUGUAAAAAUGCCAAAAUGAAUGUAUUCAAUACACCCCUGACUAUGCAUAAGGUGCACAUUCAACUGUGCCUCUGAAACAUACACCAGUGGGGCUCUGCGCUGAUGUGCCGUCUGUAUUCUCAUCUACCUGUGAUUUUCCUCGCGUUUCCGUGAUGAGCACGUAAAAGAAAUGUCAACUGCAUACUUGAGACCCCUGCUAAAUCAUUAUGCCAGAAGGCAUACUGUAUACGUAUUGACAAUGUACAACUACUAUUUGUAUAGUUAAGUGUCUUUGUUAGAGCAUACAACUUAAUAGCAUAGCAACAGGGAGUGCAUGAAAUCACUUUGUACAGAAGAGUGCCAAGUGAAUAAAA